AUGUGUUUUCAAGGCUUCAAGGUUUUAUUGAAUGCUAUCUCUAUACAAGUGCAAAGUAAUGCAAGUAAUCUCUAUACAAGUGCAAAGUAAUGCAAUUUGCAUGUUUUUUUUCAUUCAGAUAUGUAAAUCAACAUGCAUAAAUUGUUAGUAGUCAAUUACUGGGGAGAUAAUCUAAAUCGAAUUGGUCUGAAAAAAAUUAAUCGUUAGAUUAAUCGAUGCAUCGAAAAAGUAAUCGCUAGAUUAAUCGUUUAAAAAAAAUAAUCGUUUAUUCCAGCCCUAAUCCAUAUAUACAUGUUAACAUACAUACAUACAAAUAUCCAUAUGGCUGCAUUAUAUAUCACAGAGAUUACUUCCAUACCUCAUCUUAUUGUACAAGUCCAAAUCCAUGCUUGGUUUAUGCUUUUCAAUGCAUUUGAUUAGCAUAUGCGAACCAUCUCUUCUUGAAUAACUUCAUUUUGCUUGAUUAAUUCCAACACACUAACCCAAUAUGGCUGGAUUUUUGAGCAAGUGUAAAGGACAUGAGCCAAAUCAACAUUACAUUGACCACACUCUCUCCAACAAUAUUGUGUUUGGUUUAUAUAUUUACUAAUUUUCAGGGUUGUUCUAAAGAACCAAUAUUUUUCACGCAUAUUCCUGCCAAUAGGGUAACUUUGCAUAACAGAAAACAUUUUUACAUGGAUGACUCCACUCCUCUUAAGUUACUGUUAUUCCAAUGUCUUUCUCCCAAGAGUAUAACAUAUUAUUAAUUUGGUUAUCAUUGUUAUAAUUUAGAAAUUAUACAUUUUUGAAUUUUUGAGAAUUGAUACAGUAUCGCCAAACAAAAUAUUGUGAUACUUAUGUCUAUCGAUAUUUUCUUAGACCCCUACUAACCACUGAUACUUUGUGGUACAACCCAAGUGUCCCACUAGAUAAUAGUGAUUAUGUGCUAUUGCUUUAAAGGGUAUUAGUUCCCUCAAAUCCAUUCAAAUCAACAGUCUUACUUUUGUGAAACAAGAAGAUAUUUUGAAGGUGAAUGAUGACAGGACUGAUGGUGAACUCGUUGAUUUGUUCUGAAAGUUGAAUAUCUUACAUGAAUUAUUUUUUUAUGAGCAGUCUCAAACAAAGUCACUUAAUAGGCCAGCAUUAAAAAAUAAUUUGUCAAAUAUGGGUUGGCAUUUCAUCAUGAAAUGCCCAGUCUUAAUCAAACGAGACUUCCUUUUGGUAAUAACAGCGCAUAAGAUCGUUCACAUGAUCCGCUAUAGGUGCCUACUGAGCUGUUAAGCAUACAGUCUUGAACAGAGAGAUUAAAUUAACAUGAGCUCUGCGUGUGAGGUCUCGUUAAGGAAAAUAAGUUUUAAGAUUUUAGGGGGCCUUAGCAGGUUCCUUUAAAUGUGUGUUUUAUAAUGUUCCUUUAAACUCUUAAGUUGAUGUGUUUUACGGCACAUCGUGUGGUGGUUUAAUUAUGCAUAAAAAGCCUGUGGUCUAUUCCAGGCGACUCUUUAGUUGUUCAAGACUAAAAGAAUCAGGUAAAGUAUGCAGGGUUUAUAUAUCUUUGAGUGUUCAGAGGCCAUGUGUAUUCAGUAGACUCUCUAUUAUGUAGCACAGUAAUAAUAAUCUCUAUAUUGUAGUUAGGAAUAAGAUUAUUUUACAGUAGGCAACACACAGAGCCUGAAAUCUCACAUGAACUUCCUUCUUUAAUUUUGCAAAUGUAAUUUUGCAAAAAAGUGUAGUGCCCUGUGAGUGCAACUCUGCCGUUUACACUGAAUGUACAGUAUGUUGCAUUGUACGGUAUAUUCAGACGGACACACAAAAAAUAGAUUCUUCAAACGAUUGAUUUCUUCAUUCAUCCACGAUCAAAAAUCAUCAUAUUGCACACCCCUAAUUCAGAGUUCACUUCGAUAUUAAGUCUUGAACAUCUGCAUUAUUGGCAUGCAUAUUCAUCUUGAACCACCUACUUAACAGUACAUGUUGCUUGACUCCCCAACUGAUGUAACAUCCUGUUCUUGUUGCAGAAGCUAUUCUUAAGCCUAGCUGCAGGAGUUUUAGUGUGAUGAUUUGUAACAUUGUUUACGUCUCUGAAUGCUUCAGGGAUUCUUAUUUAAAUUGAGAGAUGAACAAUAUAUGGGCAGCUUUAUGAGUAUUGGCAAACACAUUUAAGAUGAUAAAUUGCAAUCAUAUGACACAUCAUUUCUAGAUGUCCUACCUAUUGUUAAAGACAUAGUAAAAUGUUUUCCAUCCAUGGCACACAUGCAUUUUGUUUAUUUAUUUUUGUAAUAACUGUGAAAGUUAUAUUUCCCAUUUUUACAAAAGAGUUGGCACGUAUAAUUCCUUCAUUGUAGUGGUUCAUAGUAGGCAUAAUUUUCAUUAUUUAUGAAUUUAUUUAUAUAUUAUAUUUGGUGCCAGAUGAAGCAUAUUAGGAAUUAUCAUAGCAGUCAAACUUUCUGUAUCGGUACAUAUCGAUACAGAAAUGUAUCGGUUCUUUCCUGCAUUGUCCAUGAAAAUGCUGGACCAUUACGUAUGCUGGCUUCUUCCUAAUAAUAUUUAGGAUCUGCUGCUGACCUUUUGAAGCCAAUUUACAGAAGCUGUUGAGCUGAAUCGCAUGCAGUUGGCUGUAGUUUGGCACUGUUAACCGAAAGCCUAGAGAAAAAAUUGCUUGUAUUUAGGCCAUUUGGUGAAAUAUGAAGUUUGGCUAUGUAAACAAACAAACAAAAAAAGCAGUUAAAUGGUCAGUUCUUUGUUGGAAUAUUUGGUUAAAGUAACCAGAAAGACUUCAUAAGUGUUCCUUAAACAUAUUGAUGUGUCAGGAUCCCUAUUCUGUAAAAUCACCGUUUACUGUAGUUUUCAUUUUAUUUUAUUUGAUGGCUACUUAAGGCCUGAUUAGCUCAAAUCUCUCCCUCCACCCACUCCUACACACCCACCUACCAACACUUACAAACACACAUGUCCCGUACACCCUCCCCUCUGCACUAAAUCCCCAUACUUGAGUUCAAAACAUCAAACCUCAUUCCAUAUUGCUGUAGAAGAGCGGUCCUUGCCUGAGUUGACAGCGAAUGACCUGUUCCUCCAACUCCUGUUGAGACAGAAAGAGAGGUUUCUAAGCGAGGAGAUAAUGAGAGUUCACACACAUACCAGAUUCUGCUUUCUCUGCGUGCUGACCCUGCUGUACCAUCAGUGCAGUCACUGCCAUGAAGGAGGGUCCCACCAUCACCACGGGCACAACCACGGUGACCACGACCACGUUCACAGUGACCUGCAAAUUUCUGAAUUGUCCUGCGCAGGUUUAUCAGACCACUUUGUGCACAGCAGCCAUGGCGAAACUGCAGAGAGCGAGCAGCGUUACUACAUCCAGAAGUUGUUCUGUCGAUACGGCCACAAGGAUCGUCUGGAUUUUAAAGGCUUACAAAGUCUGCUGUUGAGUUUAGGGCUGGGCAAAGUGCGUGUGGUUGGGCUGGAGCAUGAAGAUCUGGGCCACGAUCAUGUGGCACACUUAGAUGUUCUGGAGGUUCAGGAAGGUCUGCACUCGCAUUCAGCUGACCAACCGGAUCUACAUCAGAAGCCCCACAUCUCACACAAGACCCAUCAACAUUCCCACAAUGAGAAUGAACAACACGGCUCUGCCGAGGAGCUACCAUGCAGCAAAACACUUGGCACCGGAGCCGAAAGCACCACUCACAGUGGAUCUGAGGAACAUGAUCAUGGGGGAUAUGAUCAUGACCAUGAACAUGAUCACCAUAAUCAUGAACAUGAUCACCAUGACCAUGAUCAUGACCAUGAACAUGAGAAAGACAGUGAUCGCAAACAUAUCCACAGGGAUGUUACGGACAGUCCUCAUACUCAAGAUGACCAUGGCCAACUUGAGCAAAAGAGUAGUGAACAUGCACAAGAAAAUAAUGAUCUCAGUGACCAAAACCACCAUCAUCAUGACCAUCAUCACCACAAGCAUCCCCACCCUCAUCUCCAUGGUCCUGACAGCGUGGAGCAGAACACAGCAACCCCUCAUCUCACACCCAGAAUACAGCCUUCUGCCCUAACUGAGCAACCCACCACACAACCCAGAAGAAAGAGCAGACCACUCAAAGCCAGAGCUCAUCGAGGCCGCAACAAGACCAGCAUCAGUGUUACUCAGGCUGACGAGCUGGAUACAAAAAAAUAUGACCAUGACAAUAGCAGCCAGGAUCACAGCUCUAUUCAGCUGCAGCGGAGCAGGAGAGCGGUUCCAGGAGAAGACCUGUCUGUGAAAUCCCAUGCACAUGGUGUUCUUCACCAACACGAGGAGUGUCUGAAUUUAACAGAGCUGCUACACCAAUACGGACUGAGCUCGGAUUCUCUUAUAUCUCCAGCGCAAUUCAACUACUUAUGUCCAGCACUGCUCUAUCAGAUAGACAGACGCUUCUGCAUCCUUCAUUAUCACCACGUUGAGGCUGAAGUACAAGAUGAAACAUCUUCAGUGUGGGUCUGGAUGUGGGGCUUUGUGUCGAUCACCAUCAUCAGCCUGCUGUCUCUGCUGGGUGUUGUUCUGGUGCCCAUCCUUAACCAGUCCUGCUUCAAGUUUCUCUUGACCUUCCUGGUUGCAUUGGCAGUGGGAACCCUCAGUGGUGAUGCCUUACUGCAUCUGCUUCCUCAUUCUCAAGAUGGCCAUGAUCACAGUCAUGGAGGACAUGCGGAGGAAGAACCUGAGGAAUUUUUUCUGACCAAGUUUGAUGGAGUUUGGAAAGGACUGACUGCACUAGCAGGAAUCUACCUCCUCUUCAUCAUUGAACACUGCAUUGGCAUGUUCAAACACUACAGGGACCAAAGGGGAAGCCUCUGCCAGAGGAAGAAGAAAGGUGAGCAGGCAAAGAUUGGGAGGAAGUUGUCAGACCACAAACUCAACAGGCGUUCAGAUGCAGAGUGGCUCCAUCUGAAGUCUCUAACAGAGGGAGAAGGUGCAACGUGUGAAACUGGACACAAUGACACUCAGAUGACAGAGUUGCAGCCUUUGGAUUCACCCAGCAAAAUGCCACUCUCCAUCCCUGAUUCAGAUCACCCCUACCAGGAGCCAGUAAAAACAGAAGAGGACACUAAACCAAAGGCAAAAUCAAAAAAGCAUGGACACGGGAACGGACACGGACAUGGCCAUGGUCACUCCCACCAUGGGCACUGUCACUCUGACCAGGAAAUGAAAGAUGCGGGCAUCGCCAGCAUAGCAUGGAUGGUCAUCAUGGGAGAUGGCAUGCAUAACUUUAGUGAUGGACUUGCUAUAGGUGCUGCUUUCAGUGCUAAUAUUACUGGUGGCAUUAGUACUUCAGUGGCUGUGUUCUGUCACGAACUGCCUCAUGAACUAGGUGACUUUGCCGUUUUAUUGAAGGCUGGAAUGUCAGUGAAGCAAGCCAUUGUGUACAACGUCCUCUCUGCUCUGAUGGCUUAUGCCGGCAUGGUGAUCGGCACGGCUGUGGGACAGUACACGCACAACGUCACUAGCUGGAUCUUUGCUGUUACUGCUGGCAUGUUUCUCUAUGUGGCAUUAGUUGAUAUGUUGCCAGAGAUGCUUCAUGGUGACAGUGAGGAGCACAAGCGCUGUGAGAUGGGUCACUUUGUCCUGCAGAAUUUGGGCAUGCUCACAGGGUUUGGCAUUAUGCUGCUGAUCGCCAUCUUCGAGGAUCAGAUUGUGCUUGACUUUGGCUUCUAACCAGAGCCUGAGGUCAGGGAUGGCGUCAUUCAUCAGCUACAUUCACGCAUGUGCUUCGUCUCAAAGUGGCUUUGUUUUGUGAUGGUACAGUCUCGCAGGCAUGUCUCAAAAGACAGCAUCAGUAGCUUACAGUGGACAUGGACAUGCAACCAAACAUGUUUACAUUUCGUCAUCUUUUCCUCUCUUGGACACUCAAAACAGUUGCUUGUCGUCUUCAAGGUCUUUUGUAGUUGUAGAUUCUAGACCGUUUUCUCUUGUGCUUAUUCAGUUUUUUUUUUUUUUUUUUUUUUUUUUUAUGUGUGUGUUUUCAAUAAGACAUAUCCCAUAGCACAUUAGAAGCACUCCCCAGAAUUUGGGUUAUCCCUUUAAUAUUAUAGUAUUUUUUUUUGUAGGACAGUGUCCUAGAGAGAAGCAGCUAUUCAUCAGUCACUCAUUCAGUGUCAUGUUUAGCUCUUUCAUUCAACUGUAUCGGAUCUCAUAGUCCAUUCAUUCGUAACUGGCGUGUUGUGCUGUUUAUGUCUAGUUUGUCACACCAUCUCAGUGUCAGGCACAGAACUGUGCUAAUAUGGUGCAACAGAGUCCAACUGGCAUCAACUCUGCAAGGUUUUUUUUUUUUUUUAUUGAGAAGAACUGGUCUGUAUUGUGUGCCAGAAUCAUGAAAAACCACACACUUGAGCUCUUUUCUUUACUGGAUUGUGCUUUGCUGUCAACAUUGACUACUUACAAUAUAUUUACUGUUCAUGGUGAGGGGAGCGUCCUCAGUCUUAGACUUUCAUUGUCUUUUUUUAUUAUUAUCUUUUAUUUUCUAAGAGUGUACUAGUGAUUUGGCCAAUUCUUGAGUAUUGAAGAAAUAGGUAUGCAACUGUGUGUUGUAUAACCUCUGACACGGUGCUGCUAAAAGACCAAUCGCAUUCUUGAGGUCAGCUGAAUUUUGACUGAACAAGUCCAGUAUUAAAGCUAAUGCUAAAAUACUGUGAUUUUUAAAUGAAGAACAACUGUCUAUGCAUGUCUGUCCAUCAAGGAAUACAUCAGUUUUCUUUGGGAAGUCUAUUUGUUCACUGAUAAAGUAGUCUAGAUCAUGAUGAUUACUAUUUGAGUUGAUUUUUAUAUUCAAGGAGAGUUGAAAAUUAUGAUCUUGUUACAGUUGAAGAAGUUCAUGAAAUAAUGAUCUUCCCCAAAGGAGAUUUGCUACUGAAGACUUUUUUGAAGAAGCAGUUGUCAUUUUGAAACACCUUUGUUACUUAAUUUUAAUUAUAUGACGUUUGGUAUUACUGGAUAAUUUGUGCAAAAUUCAGAAUGUUAUUUUGUGAGACAUUAGCACCUUUUAUACACUGACCAUCUAAAAACAUGCUUUCUGGGAGAACCAUUCCUUUUUUAACCUAAACAUUGAGGUAGCCAUUAUGAAAUGUUCUUUUUUUGACAAUCUUAAAUGCUCUUGUUUGUUGGCACCCUCCUAUUAUUAAAAUUAAUGCACACAUUUCAGAUAUUGGCCUUAUGUGCACUUGUUUGAAACUACACUCAAAUCUAUAGAACAUCUGUUCAUCAGUCCCCCACUGAUGUGGUUCUUGUAAAUGAGUGUGCAACAUUUUGAGUGUGCCAAAUAUAGGCUAUAUUUCUAAAACUGCGCACAAGCGCUGCCUGUGUCCCGCAGUCGCUUCUACACAUUCCACUGCCUGUGUUUGCUGCUUGAAUCCUCUACCGUCAUGAGUUGGUGGGACAUGUUAUGUGAUUCAUGCUUAUCCUGUCACCAUGUGACAUCCAUUUAUUUGUUCUCAUGGGUGCGUAUCAUCAUUAAUUGCAUUCAUCAAAUAUACUUGAUUGGAUGGAAGCAUGCAUGAGGCAAGUGAAAGUGGCUAGUUUUCAUUUCUGUUAUAAAAUGGAGAUAUGAGAACACUUACAGUUGAUUUCCUCUUUCCCUGAAGAACUUAAUUUUCACAGCUUGAAUGUAAAGCCAAUGAGUUUUAGGGGUCAUGUGAGCAAACCUAAUCAGUCAUAAGAGAUUGGUUCUAAAUCCUGUCUAUGUCUUUGAAAUGAAGUUUUCCAUUUGUUAAACCGAAAGCGAGCUCUAGAGCUCAAAUGAAACACCUCAGUUAAGUGGUGAAAAGAAAUUAACUUGUUAAUCAAUAAAAAUUAGGCACAAGUUUUCUUCAUGCUUUACAGUGUUUUCCAAAAUAGGACCAUCCAGAUAUUUACUUACAUUUGAGUACUGUCAGUUGUUUGGGAAGACAUUUAUUUUUAAACCCUGUUUACACAGCUUGGAUGUUAAAGCAUUUUUUUUCAAUACAUUUGCCAUUCUUGCUGAUUGUAUGUGCAUUUCUUUGUCAGAAGUGGAAAAUAAAGUUUCCAAAGCCUA